AUGGACCCUCAAGAUAUGAACGAAAACCCAGAUGUCAGCGCUAAUGAAGGAGAAGCUGGAGAAAAACCCCAGGACGAAGGCGAAGCUGACAUCGAAGAAUUCAUUGAAAUACUCGAAGAGCACUGUAAAAAUUGUGAGAAUGAAGGCAAAUACGUUGAGGCUGAGAUGGCCAAAAAUAGGAUUAAGGAACUGAAGGAGCAGAAGAAGCAGAUGGAUCUGGAAGAGCUUCUCAAUAGACAACAAAACGAAAACAUUGAGCUUGAAGAAACUCAUAUUUUGGAGUUUAACAAUUUUAAUCAAGACUGGGAUAAGAGAAUGAACGCUUUUCAAGUUCAUAGCUCCACCUUGAUUAAGGAUUUAGAGCAAAAGCAUAUUAAUAAGCAUGAAGAGUGGAAAGAAAAGCUUGAUGAGAGAAUCCCUAUCAAGUUUAAGCCUUCUUCAGAGCUGCUGAACUUGAGAAGAAUUCAAAUCAACCUUGCCAAGCAGAAAGAAUAUAAGGAAGCUCAUCAAGUCCAGAUCCGCGCACAAAAGCUUGAGAAAGAAGAGCAAGCCAGCUACAAUGAAGAUAGGAAUGGAAAAAUUAUGAAGUCUGAAGAGAAGUUAUUCCAACAGCAAGAUAACGAAAUGGAAGCUCUUAGAAAAAGAAUUAUUGCCGGUGAAAACGAACAAAAGAAGCAACGUGCACUUGAGCUUGAGAGGAUGUUCCAGAGAUAUCAAAACGUUAAAAAGGAGUUAGAAAACCAGCACAAGAUGGAGAAAAUUAGACUCGAGAAAGGGCAAAGCUUUGAUCCUAAUGCUAGUAGAAUGAGUAGAAUGUCUGCUAGACCAAAGACAGCUAGUUCAAGAGGCGGUCCAAGGUCAUCUGCGAAGAAAAACAGAGCUGCCGCACCACCUAGCAACUCUGGGUAUGGAAGGUUUUAA